AUGCAGUCUAUCAUUGCUCUUUGCUCCCUCCUUGCUAUUGCCGUUUCUGCCGGCCCCAUCGAUGCUCGCUCGUAUCCCCAAGUUACCUUCGCCUUGUCAAACGACCAGUCGGGUGCCAAUGCCGGUGCUACAUUCUCGGCCGACGGAACCGACAAGCAUUUUAGCAGCAUUUUUGCUGGCACUUCAGUUGAUGCCAGUGGACAAGUAGUAGCUUCCUCCGGCCAAUUGACUGCAUUCCCCCAGUCGAUCAACUGCGUGCUCAAGAACAACUGGGCUUAUGUCACGACAUUGACUGCUGAAAACACCUACAUUGAUCUUGACGGGAACCCCAGUGCUUCUAUUCCGGUCAACGUGAAUGGUGGCACCAUCAAUUGCCAUGCCUAA